AUGAGAUUCAUGGAAUCCGUGAGCCUCACCACAGCGGUGAGCGCAAAGGCAAGCACUGGCCGUGAUGACCACAAAGUGAGCACGGGAGGCGGAGGACGGAUAGGUGAAGAAGUAGAAGUUGGAGAUGGUUGGUCAUUGAAUGCAGACCACGUAGAGGAUGAAUCUGAAGAAUUCAAGUGCAUUGGUUGGGUUCAACCGAUAUAUAAACUGUUGGCAAAUAUAUUCUCCAACCUUUUCAAUAUUGUUACAAUGCCUGCGAUUGAAGUCCCAAAUUACCAACUCAAAGCCAUUAAUCCCUAUCGACGUGUACCGUUACCGCCUCUUCCCACUGACACAGAGACUGGCUUGAUUUGCAAAUCAAAGUCUUGCAAGCAAAGACCUACACAUUUGACAGUUUACUUUAAAUCUCAACACAAACACCUAAUUGGUGUAAAGUGUCCCAUCGACGACGCUUUCAUUCGCACAUACAACUCAAAGCAUUUCCAAGACCAACUCCGGGCAGUAAAUCGACGAGUCAUUGAUCCUUCUGCCGGCACAAUGGACCUUGACCGACUCAUGCAUGCGCCACCGACCCCACCGGCAACGCAGCCAGCCACUGGAACCAGCAACCGUGCCGAAGGCCGUCCUGCAGGCGCUUCCGCAACCGCUGGAAUAGACCGCGAAUGCAAGGGAAUAGGAGGGAAAAUUGCUUCAGGGCAUCAACCACGCAAGAAUGACAAAUGCGCCGCUAAUGCUUGUAAAUCUUGUUGUCUAAAGCUUAACACCUCCGGCCGUCACCCUUGCAACAAGCACAACUCCAUGGCCAAACGCCAACAGAAGGAAAUCAAAGAUCACGGCAGAGUCUCAAUUAUUUCUUCGCUACCAACCAGAAACCUCAGCGACUUCGCAGCAUCAUCUUCUGUCGCAGACCCUGACCAUGAAAGUAGUGGUAGCCUAGCAAUUACUCAGGCCAGCCGGAGCAAGGGUGUCAAAAAGUAUAAAGGACGUGUACAAACGGAUUUCCUCGACGAAUACCGAACAAUGACCUUACAGCAAGAAAGCGCAGCGAGACGACGCACCGUCCAGCACAAGACUGCCAGUAGGACCAUCGCGCUGGUGGUAUGGGCGGGCCCGAAGGUUCACGCCGCAAGCUGGCCUGAUUUUGCACUCAAAGAAUCCCUUGAUAUGAAGGCAUUAGUUGUUGAACAACUCGGUCCGGAGUGGAAAGGCAAUUUGCAAGUUUGGAACGAGGAAAAUCAAUUAUGGCUUCACACGUCGAUGGACAUAUUAGUGACGUACCCUGUCAACACGCGCAAAAUCCUGGUUGUUUUCCCCCAAAUUAAACCUGAAGAUUGCCACGAUGUUGACCGGCACUUAGCUUCUGUUUCCACCGGAGGCAAGACAGGAGCCAUGACUAUGUGUGCUUUCAUUCAACGGAAAAGCUCAGCUACACCUCAAGGAAAAGCAAAAGGAAAAGGCAAGGGUAGGGUUAUCACCUUGCGGUCGUCCUCGGAGCCCGAACAUCGCCAGUCACCUCCACACGUCAAAAGUAACUUACCCGCCCAAGGACUUCAAUUUGACAAUGUUGGCGGUACCCCUGGGCCUUCCAAAUCACGCCAACCACCCGAGAAGCGUGCCCGGUCUCCGUCACUUGAAAUUUCCAAGGUCGACUAUCCUGCCACUCCAGACAAAUCUAGUAGUCAACAAGCCACACGAAGGCGUCAACCACAGUGGUCCAAGUCAGCCACCAUGGACGAAAUGUUACGUUUAUACAAACUUACACUUGAUGGCCCAAAUAAACACGACAACCAAGAAGCCUUUGUGGCAGUUUUUGGCACAAGGUUUCGUUAUGUGAUUUCCACCAUAUCACAUUACUGCCGCUGGUGCGAAGCGCUCGACAAAAGAUUGAAACCUUUUGUUGACCGACAUGGGGAUAUGAAGGUGGCCGACGCCCGCAAGCAUCACUUCAAUGCUGAGUGGCGGAAGACCGAUUCACGUUUUGAUGACCAACCACCUCCCAAACGUGUCAAACUCAACCGUGCUUAA